GUAUUUAAGUGGCGAAAAUAUUAGUUUUGGACAUUUAUUGAAGAUAUUUCCCUGGAUAAAACAGUCCUAAUCUCUAAAAUAUCUCCCAUCAUCCACCAAUAGGAUAAUUUUCUACCGUAACCAAACCCCAUAACUAUUUUUCAAUUAUAUUUCAAUUAUCCAAUUAAAUUAAAAAUUAUUCCAAAAUCUAAUCUAAUCUCCGAUGGCCACCCUUUUACCGUCGCUAGAACUUUCCUCAUUCUCCGCCGCCGGUCACUUUCCGCUGAAGGUUUCUUCUUACAUAAACCCUAGAAAUAUGCAGAAACUUACUGUCUCGAAGUGUGGAAAUAGGGGUGCUAGGGUUAGGGUUGGGGUUUAUUCGAAAUUGAAGGAUUUAGAGGAGUUUCCGAUUUUGAAUUUAGAGAAUAAUUUGGGGGUUUACGCACAGUUCUCUGCUCAUGUACAGACUAGUACGACGUCGUCGACGGAAGUGAAUGAAGAAGAGGAGGAAGAGAAGAGGAAUUAUUAUUUGAAUACGGGUUAUGCUAUUCGGACUAUUCGAGAGGAGUUUCCUUCUCUAUUUUAUAAGGAGCUAACCUUUGAUAUCUACAGGGAUGACAUUGUCUUCAAAGAUCCAAUCAACACGUUUACUGGCAUUGAUAAUUAUAAAUCAAUCUUCUGGGCCCUACGAUUCCAUGGCAGGAUGUUAUUUAGGGCUUUGUGGAUUGAUAUUGUUAGUGUUUGGCAGCCUGUGGAAAACAUGAUAAUAGUUCGGUGGACUGUCCAUGGCAUUCCCCGUGUUCCAUGGGAGAGCCAUGGUCGGUUUGAUGGUACUUCAGAGUAUAAGCUCGAUAAAGACGGGAAGAUUUAUGAGCACCGGGUGCACAACAUUGCUCUGAAUGCACCUCCAAAGUUCCAUGUACUUGCUGUGCAGGAACUAAUUGAAUACAUUGGUGGUACCUCAACACCAAAGCCUACUUUCUUUGAAAUCUUUCCCCCUACCUCGAGAAACAUUGCCCCAGUAAUGAAAUUUUCAUGGCUGAGGCGGCACCUGUGCUCAAUUCUAGCCCCCUUAAAGAGAAUUGAAGAGGACCAAUCAGACCACCAAACAUAGCAAGUGAAGUGCCAAAAAAUUUGGUGAAUUUUCGCACUAGAUUCCAAACUUGAAUAAUCCAUAUAAAUAUAUAUGUACUACUACUAAUAUACUCCCACAACAGGCAGCAAAACGUAUCUGGAGUUCUUUUCUUUCUUCUUCUUUUUUUGGUUUCUUCGGGAGGGCAUCAUCUACUUCUCUCUACUGUAUGCUUCAUUUGAGCUCCAGCUAUUUGUCUUGGGUUUGUAAACUCAGAAUGUUGUAAAUAUUUGUAUAGUAUAUAUAGCAUUCCACAUGGUUGCUUUCC